AGCUCUUCAUGGUUCCAUUUAAAAGAUCAGAUUCCAUCACAAAAAGUACCUAACUCACUGACGUUUUUCGUUUGGUAUAAUAUAGUUAGGGUUUCGAAUCAAAAAUUUUUAUCGGGUCUCUUUCUCUAUCAAUCAUCUCUCGCCCUUUUUACUAUAGAAAAAUAAUCCCGUACUCAAAAGGUUAGAAAAGAAAGGUUUAGCAGGUGUUAUUUUUUAAAAAGUGCUUUUUUUUGCUUUUUCAUUUUCAUUUUUUUCUCAGUAGAACUGGUUUUUUUUUAUUUAGGUGAAUCUUAUCAUGGAGUACGAGGUAGUGGUGACAAAAAAAAGACGUUCACUAUACGAGUUUAUCCAUUUGGAGAUUAUCAACUUCGAUGUCAAGAAAGCUGUUCGAAAAUAAUUCAAGAUGUUUAUGGUAUAAACGAUUUAAAUAAAAAAACAUCUAAUAAAACACAAAUUAAAAAUAAUUCCAAAGCAAAUGAAGAAUUAAACAAUUGUUUUGGUCAUUUAGGGCAUUGUCCUUUAACAACAUUGAAAUAUAUCAAUUAUGGCAAGUCUUUCUUAACAGAUUCUUUACAUACAAUCUAUGGAGGUGGAUUUAAAAGAUUAAUGCAACUUUUAUUUGAUCGAAAAUAUCGUAAACAAGAGUGGUCAUUAUUUAAAAAAAUAAAUCAUAUUGAUGAACUAUUAUCUCACAUAAAAAUUCCAUCUACUACACAACGAAUUGACAAAGAUUUUAUUAAUACAGUCCAUGGUACAGUUCAUUUUGCUAAACAAUUGAUACGGCAGCAUGUUUUAUUUCGAGAUGCUAUCGUUCGUCAUCGAAAUUUUUCUUACCCACUUUCACUCUUUACAUUUAAUGAACAAUUAUUGAAUCGGAAACAAUCAUUAGUUCAUUAUCAAACUAUUAUUGAUGGAUGUAGCCUACCAAAAUCUGUUUCAUCAAAUUUAUAUGAUAAUACUGAACAUGGUAUAGCUGCUAUUGUACAAUCUUAUUUCAAAGAUCCUUUAAUAUUUUUUCAUUCUGUUAAAAUUUCAAAUGUUUUGUUAAAAACAACAACAAUAUCAUAUAGUAAAUUAUUUGCUGAUAAUUGUAUAUCAUUUUAUUUUUCUGAUAAUCAACAAAAAAUGGGUCUUAUACGAGCUAUUGUGAAGUCAAAACAGGAUACUGUUAGAUUGUUAAUUGAAGAACUUAUUGAAAAAAAAUCAGAUUCAUCAAAAAUGAAAUUUAAAUUGAAUGAUAAAUUUAUAAAAGUUCCAAAUAUAUUCAUUUUAAAUAGAUCAAAUAUUUACCAUCUUAAACAUCCAAAAUGGGUUAUAAAAAAACAUGCGAUGAUUUUUAGACCUGGUAAUUGUGUAAUUGUACUUGAAUAUCCUAAUUUAAAAGAUAAUAGUUAA